AUGUACAGCUACUACUUCUUCACUGCGUGCGCCGUCAAGUGCGCCAACCACCGCGUGACUUCAACUUCAGCAUUGCGCCAUCAAGCUCGGACAGCCUGCUGGAACUACACACGUCGACACUGCAGUAAUCUCCACGCUGGAGACAACUUGUACACUGUCGACACAACGCGACAUGUGCUGCGAACGUCGACACUCUGCAUCGCCUACAAGGAUGACUUUUUCCUCGAUCCGCGCCAGCUCUGUGAAGAUCCUGCUGCUGUUACAACGAGCACAAGGAUCGGAAAGGCAAUCAAGUGUACGGGCAAUGUCGAGACACCCGGUCCGGCCUCAAACACCGGAUCGGCUACGCAUCAUGCAAUUCCGUCUCAUCACCCGUAUCAC